ACUGCCACCUACUGUGUGGGAGGUAAAUAUAGCCUUAAAGAUUCUUCAAAGAAGGUAACCAAACAAGAUAACACUGCAGUUACAAUGAAGAUAAAAAUAAUUUAAAAGAACUCUACUAUGUUUUAUAUGUUGCUGUUUGAGAUAUUUUUUUUUCCAGAUUGAUUGUAUCAUUUAUAAAGAGAAGAGAAUCCGGAAGUGUGGCGUCUCCUAGCAACGGACAAGCAAAAGAAACGCUGAAGGUCUCGCGCUGCUAAAUGGUGAUACCAGAAAUUAUUGCAAAUUGAAAGAUAACUUUUUAAAACUUUGAGGAAAUAUUGCUUCACAAUAGCUCUCUGCCACUCAGGACCAGGAUAUAAAAGAACCAGUGGGAAUCGAUGGAGCAGUCAGACCAUUAUGACAGAGGCUCUGAUCAUGCUGUGACCAGUGCACUUGCAGCUGGGACCAGUGGACAGCACUCCCUCCAGCUGGAGAUCAGUGACACUGAGGCAGAAGAGAGAGUCAGAGAGGAAGAUGAGGAAGAGGAACUUGUAGUGCUGGAUCCUGAGCAUCCUUUAAUGAAAAUAUUCCAGUCUGCACUGAAAAACAACCUCAGUAAUCAGCUGGAAAGACUGAACCUUGAGCUCUGUGAGAAGCUACACAUGCACACUGGGCAGAAAUAACAAGAAGUUUACAUGGUGCAUGAGAUGUUGGCCAGACUCCAGGCCUCUCUGGAGGCAAGUCAUGAGGCCAAUGCACAGGCUGCUUCUCAGCAUAGACAGGCCCAAGACCAGCUGGAUGGGGUAAAAAGUCAGUACCAAGAUACUGCCAGUCAGGCCAACAAACAACGUAUGCAAGUCUCUGAUUUACAGUCUAAAGUGGACAGCCUGGCCCUGAAGUUGCUCUACAUGCAGGAGGCCAAUGCUGACCUGCACUCAGACAUCAAAGCCAUAAUAAAUGCUUCACACAAAGCCCAGAAAGAGAGAACUCAGACAGAGGCCCAUAAACACCAGCAGGAUCUUUAUGUUGAGUGUUUGACCAAGCAUGUGGAAAAGCUCUCAGAGCAGAUCUCUCUGUAUGACGUUCAGAACAUCACUCAGACUGAGCAGACAAAGGCUGUAAAGGAAGCUCUUUCUGAGGCGCAGCUUGAAUUGGACUCUGUGAUUGUUGAGCAUAGGCAGUUACUCCAGCAAUGGAACAGCAGCCUGUUAAUGAUGAGGAGGAGGGAUGAGGCUUACACUGCCAUGCAGGAGGAACUGAGGUUGGCCAAUGAUCAGGUGCGCUCUCUGGACACAGAGAUUGAGGGCUAUAAAAAGUCCAUCACACAGGAAGAAGAGCAGAAUGAGCAUCUCACUCUGCAUCUGAAUCGGGCCCAAAAUGACGGCACCACCUCACGUAAACUUAUCACACAUUCCCAGAACCAUCAGGAGGUUUUGCAGGCCCAGUAUAGCACAUAUACACAAACGUUGCAGGAGACAGAAAAGACCCUCAGCACACUGCGUGAGGACCACAAGGUUCUUCAGUCUGAGAUCGAGGGUCUUAAAAAGCAGAUGGAGAAAGAGUCUGCAGUGCGUGUGGAUCUGGAAGACCAGAUCAUGAACAAGCUGCAAGAGCAACUUACUCACAAUAAUGCAGCAAAGUAAUCACGUCGACUGACUGAUAAAACUGCAGCGCACAGGAGAGAAAAGGAGGCUCAGGUAACUAAGUUAGAGAAUGACAUCAAUGCAGUAAUGCUGGAGGGGCAAGAGGAGGCGACACAUCUGGAUUCUCUGGCUGCAUUUCAAGCUGAACUUGAGCAAGAAAUGAGCCAGCGUCACUUGCUCCUGUCUUCUCGCGAGGCAGAGAUUGCUAAACAAGUCACUGAUAUUGAGCAAAGACAGGCCACAAUCAACAUCUACAACAAGAUCAAGGAUAUUGUAUCCAGUACUGGGCAUGAAGACCUAGGUCCUCUGGAGAUCCAUGCAGCCACGCUGUCUAAGAAGCUGGAAGAAGUUGGUGCUGAGAUUAAAGAGCAGCAGCAGUUGUGGCUCUGGCAGCAGGGGGAGCUAGUGAGAUUCACUCAGGAAAAACAGGCCCACAGCUCUUCUGUACAGACCCUACAAACACAACUCACAAUACUGCAACAGAGCAAGAUCAGGAGAGAAAGAGGCUGAGAGGGAUUCGGUUGAGACUCAGUUGAAGCUGGAGAGGUUAAACGAAGAGAAAAUGAGACUUAUAAACAGCAUAGUGGAGGCAGAGUGAGUUCAACACACUUCACACACACACACACACACACACUUUACUAUAAGGUUCCAUUUGUUAACAAUAGUUAACUACAUUAGGUAACAUGAACU